CCAGAACAAGAACAUCCCGAGAAAAAAGAUGAACCGAUGGCAACGGUCAACAAUGAGACCCUCGUAUUCUACCCCGCGUUCUGCUUCAAGGCGUCACCAACGCACUUUACCUGGGUGAAAAUGGGCGCGGCCGAUGUGCAUCGUCUCCGACAAUCGAGUGACUUUGUGGGCCAAAAUAUCUUCUUCUACAACAACCACCCAAUCCAAUUUGUCAGCCUAGUAGGCGUCAUAGUAGCGCGAACAGAUAUCCCACGACGCACAAUCCUAACACUAGACGACAGCAGCGGCGCAACAAUCGACAUAACCGUACUAAAAAAGACCUCACCAAAACCCAGCGCCACUAGCCAGGCAACCCCCCUGCAACUUCAAAAGAAACAGCAUGCAACAACAGCCACCAACCUCACCCAAGAAACACACGUAACCUCCAAAGACCACGACGAGAUAGACAUCUCAGCUCUCCAACCAGGAACGCUAGUCCGGGUAAAAGGGACACUGUCAAACUUCCGCUCGCAGAUGCAGUUACAUCUCGAGCGGUUCUGGCUCGUGCGCGAUACGAACGCCGAAAUGCAGUUCCUGGAUACCCGCCUGCGGUUCUUUAUUGAGGUCUUGUCUGUGCCGUGGGUGUUGACUGACGAGGAGAUCGAGACGCUGCGUGGUGAUGCUGAGAGAUGUGAUGAGCGCGCGUUGGAGAAUAAGAGGCGCGCAGAGAGAAAUGCCAGGAAGAGGGUUGAGCGUGAAGAGAGACAUGCUAGGGCUAUUGCGCGCCGGUAUGAGAGGGAGGAGAUCGAGAGGGAGAGGGAGGUUAGGAAGAUUAGAGAGGAUGGGGAGAGGGUUAUGAGGAAGUUUGGGUUUGGGGGGUCGGGAUGA